AAUCUUACUUUUAUCCCACGGCUGCAAAUAUAAUACUUUCUUCUCGUCGUCCAUCCCUCCCUCGUUUAAUCCAUCCAUCCGAAUUUGAUUUUUCGAAAAAUAAUUAUUACUCACAGCUCACCAGCAAAAGAGGAGAAUCCAGAACCAGAACACACAAACCCAUCGCCAUCCUCAUCCUGCUUUCAGAAAACCGGAUUUCUCCAACGCCAUCUUCGUCUGCGGUCCAAAACCAGAAACAAAAACAAAAACCCACAAAAACAAUUGCAACUUUUGGCUUCGUCUUUCUGAAUUCAAUACUAUUUUCUCCCCCUCUUCCUCUGCUCCCGUUGUGGUUUUUUGCAGAUGGUCAAACAGUUGUCUCCUAUAAGUAUGGACUGCCUCUCCCUCUCUGUUCCCCUCUCCAAUUCCUCCCUCCCAUCCGCUCCUUCCUUCGGUGCAUGGAUUCAUUGAUUUUCUCUCUUCACCACUCCUCGCCAUUAAUCCCCUCCUCUUCCAUUUCUCUCCGCUCCCCCGCUUGCUCCGCCUCGCUUUCUCCUCCUUCUUCCAACUUCAGUUUCUUCACUCAUCGUCUCGGUUUCGCUCCCGUUUCCCGGCGUCUCAUGGCUGCACCACCACCGGCGUCCGACAGCAAGACCGCCACCACCAACGGCGGCGGUGGUCAUGGUUUGUUCAAGCCCAAGAUCGUCAACGGCGAUUAUGGCUACGUUCUUGAAGACGUCCCUCAUUUGACCGAUUACCUUCCUCACCUUCCAACUCAUUCCAAUCCUUUGCAAGACAAUCCUGCCUACUCCGUGGUCAAGCAGUACUUUGUUGAUGUGGAUGACACCGUCCCUCAAAGAAUUGUUGUCCAUAAGGAUAGUCCGAGGGGGACCCAUUUCAGGCGUGCUGGACCUCGCCAAAAGGUCUACUUCGAUUCGGACGAAGUCAAUGCUUGUAUAGUGACAUGUGGUGGUCUCUGCCCAGGACUCAAUACCGUAAUCAGAGAAAUUGUAUCUACCUUGUAUUCCAUGUAUGGUGUGAAGAAAGUGCUUGGGAUCGAUGGGGGAUACAGGGGAUUCUAUGCUCGAAACACGAUUAAUCUGACGCCUAAGGUUGUGAAUGAUAUUCAUAAGCGUGGUGGAACCAUCCUCGGGACUUCACGAGGAGGUCAUGAUACGAAAAAGAUAGUUGACAGCAUUGAGGACCGGGGUAUUAAUCAGGAAGUUAGAAGGCGGGGGCUCAAAGUUGCAGUUGCUGGCAUUCCUAAAACAAUUGAUAAUGACAUUCCGGUGAUUGACAAAUCAUUUGGCUUUGACACUGCUGUUGAGGAGGCUCAACGUGCUAUUAAUGCUGCACAUGUUGAAGCGGAAAGUGCCGAGAAUGGCAUUGGUCUUGUGAAGUUAAUGGGUCGUUAUAGUGGGUUUAUUGCCAUGUAUGCUACUCUUGCAAGCAGAGAUGUAGAUUGCUGCCUCAUUCCAGAAUCACCCUUCUACCUAAAAGGGGAAGGUGGACUUUUCGAGUUCGUUGAGAAACGACUCAAGGAAAGUGGCCACAUGGUUAUUGUGGUAGCUGAAGGUGCUGGGCAAGAGCUCCUUUCUGAGAGCAAAUCAAUGACAGAUGCUUCCGGAAAUAAGCUUCUUCAAGACGUUGGGCUGUGGUUAUCACAGAAUAUCAAGGUUUGCCCUCUUCCCACCCUCUUUCUUUCAUUCUCUUCAAAUUCCAAGACCGUGUUUGCUGGUAAGUGUAUGCCUGUAGGGGGAAGCUUUGUGGUCAAGAUUGACAGUUCUCUUUCAUUUUUGGCAGGAUCAUAUGAAAGCACAGAAGAUGUCCAUAAAUCUCAAAUAUAUAGGUUUGACUUCAUGCAAACUAAUCCCACUUACAUGAUUCGCGCUAUUCCAAGCAAUGCAUCUGACAAUGUUUACUGUACGCUUCUGGCUCAAAGUUGUGUCCAUGGAGCAAUGGCUGGUUACUCUGGCUUCACAUCUGGUCUCGUAAAUGGCCGACAAACAUACAUACCCUUCUACAGGAUCAUUGAGAAACAGAACAAGGUGAUCAUAACCGACAGAAUGUGGGCUAGGCUCCUGUCAUCAACAAAUCAGCCAAGCUUUAUGUGUCCUAAACUUGUGGCAGAGAAGAAGAAGGAAAUGCAGACGAAGAUGGAGGCACAACCUUCAGGACAGUUGAUGGACGACGGGAACACUGGCGCUGAUAAGAAGGCGGCAAACAAAGAGGUCAGGGCGUGACCGACAUUCCCCCCCAAAAAAAUAACCCACACUGCUAAAUUAUAGAAUUUUAACCUUGCUUAGGUUGCAGUUGUUAUUUUUCUUCCCACUCUCCUGCUUCCACUGUUUGGUUCAGUAGUUUUCACUAGUGUUCUUCAGUGAUCCUCGGAGGCCUACUUUCCUCAUCAAAGUGGAUCUCUGGAGGACCUUGACAACAUGUUGAAAUGAUGAAUGGGGGGUGAUUAGCUCAUGAUUUUUUUGUGAAGUGUAAUGUAUAUGGCAACGAGACUGGAUUGGAUGCAUAUAGUUAAGCUGUUAAUGCAAUAAUAAUGAUGCAUGAACUUUGAUCGCUGUUGGUGUGUUUAUGUUAUUGAGAUUCUGGUGGUACUGGUAGGCAUAGGGGGAAAAGAGCAUCUGGAAUUUGCAGUGAUUGGGG